CCUUCCCUUUAAUGGCCCGACGCCUUGGUUACAAAUUCAGGCAGGGUUUAUGCUGGCAGUUUACAAACAGACACAAACAUCAACGACUGUUAUUACUGACAGAGCUAUGGCUUUUUAAACAUGGCCUCCAGCAUGGGGACUCCCAGGCAGCGCCUGGUCAUGUGCAGGACAGCUGAAAGCGACAUGUUCGAGGCGGUUCUAGCCGGGGACCUGUUCUUUCUCCAGUACACUUUGAAGAAGGUCACAUCCAUCACAGUGAUGGACAAACAAGGCUACACGGUGCUGCACCUGGCUGCGAUGCAAGCCUCGCUGGACUGCAUGAAGCUCCUCGUGGAGCAGCAGCACAUGGACGUGAACAUUCUCAGUGCCGCAGGGAGUAGACCCAUCCACCUGGUUAUCAGCAAGAACAACGGGGUCCGCGCUUUCAACUGCCUGAAGUACCUUAUCCAGCAUGGAGCCUGGGUCAAUGUUGAGAACCAAGAGCGUGAGACGCCCCUACACAAGGCUGCCUGCGAGGGGAUGCUGGACUGUAUCACCCUGCUGGUGGAGUCAGGGGCCGACCCCAGAGCCCAGGACUGCCGAGGGAACACACCCCUCCAGAACACCAAGCUCUGGGGGCACCAGGCCUGUGGAAGGUAUUUGAAGGAUGUCAUGUGGAAGAAAGACAAGGCGGAACAGGCUCAAGAGCUCAACACCCUCAACCACCUCAAAUGCAAGAUUCUGAAAAGUGAAAUAGACAAGGCAGAGGAAUACACAAAGAAAAAAGAACAAGUCAACCAGUUGAAGUUUGAGAGCUGGAUCGACCAGAAGGGCUUUUCAGACAAGUUGAAAACCAUCAGGGUCCCUGGGAACAGAACCCUCCCUGGUCCCUGCUCCCUCACUAAAGGGUCGAAGGGCACAAUUCCCACUGAAAUGCUGCCUGGGAGUUUUGCUGGAAAGGAGUCCUGGAAGAAAAUUACCAGCAUGAAGCAGCCCAAAGCAGAUAAAAAGGCAAAACAGAUGGGACAUCCAGCGGAAAAAGCACAGCAGGUAGAACCGGUCACAGCAGGGAAUGUGCCCUUCAUGGCCCCCAAAGAGCCCUGGAACCUCAGCACCAAUCCCGCCAGCCCCCUUGUCACAGAGAUCAGCCGUCCCUCUGGGGUCAGACUGGGCACACACCCUGAGAGUCUGGAACAGCGUGACUUCAGGGAGUUCCUGUGCCUCUCGCAGGGGAGGGAUGGCCACGUGCAGAUCCAAACACUCCGAGGAGACAAGGUCUUGCCUGCGCCCAGACUGCCCCUGGAGGUGCUGAAGAAGAGCCUCUUCCCUGGAGACCACCUCGGCAGGAUCCAGAUCCCACAGGAUUUCCACUCCAGACACAUCCUUGACCUCCAGAGGAGACGUCGCCCCAGCCAAGAGCAGGAGGUCUGGUCAGAGAUGGCAAUGCAUCUCUCUGAAACGCUGGAGCCUGGACGGUACUAGACCUUUGCAGACCCCCGCAUCCCUCCAUCCAUCCACUACAGUUCUGGCUUCUCCUGACGCUGUUUGUACACAGCAAGGUGGUAUUCUAUGCAGUAAAAACCUCUAUAAUCCGAAGUAUGAAAUUGUUUUGUGAAGACAUUUAGCCCCUUUACCUGCAGAUAGAACGCAUACAGUGCUGCGCUGUUCUGUAAACAGCACCUAUUGAGGGCUGUGAAAAUAGGGCAGAUUACCAAGGGGCUGUUUAGAUAACGGGUUCAUAUAACAAAGAUUUUACUGUAGGUGAUCAUUCUAAUUUUAAUAAUUCUAAUUACGCAUGAUACAAACAGGACUUCAGUUCCUCUUCACAUGAGCAUUUUAAAGGCAUUGCAGAUGGGUGCUACUCAGCCAGUCAUGUUACAAAAACCAACUGUACCAGCAAGACCCCAAACACCUGCUGAGAUGCUCGGCUUCCAUUCCUGUUUGCUGAGGCACAGCGUCAAUGCUUUCUAUGUUCAGAAUAACUAACCUCAUCAAUUUUAAUAAAAACACAGACUUGCAAUGAAAACUCUAAUCGCAUUUUUUUUUUUUUUUUUAAAUCACAAGUCCUUGACAAACUGAAGUCAAAAUUCACCUAUAGUACACUUGCACCAUCAUAUAGUGAAACUUGGAUGUAUGGAAUAUCGUUGAAUGUGCAAUAGAAUACACAGAACAAAAUUGGUCAGGUGUGUGAAGAAAUUUACUUGGUCAUAAAAGAUUAUUAUUAAAAUGAAACUCCUUUUUUCUUGUUUGUCAUUUGCCUUUUUGGGGUCUCUAUUCAAAAUCAUUUUUGUACUAACAUAAAAUAAAACGUGCUUACUAUGUGUGUGUGCAUUAGUUUGUAAUUUACAUGCUAGACUGAGGCUCCCGUCUCUUCGGGGGUGUACAGGUACAUAAUCAGUGUUGCUCGUUCAUUUGUUUACUAUGUGUUUGUUUUUUUUAGUAGGGGAAGAAAAAAAUACCUUAAUGUUUCUUUAUUGAUAGCUGCGUUUAUUCAAGGGUGGCCUCUAUUAUGAAGCUGAUGUGACUAUGGCGUCAAUACGAGGGCGGUGCCAAAUUGAAGU